UAAUUCAGGCCAUGACUUUGCAGCUGAAAAUAAAAAUAAACAUUAGUUGAAGGAAAUUUGAAAUCCACUGUGAUGUUACGUAAAAUAAAAUGAGAAAGAAUAUUUAUAUUUAAUAAUAUAAUAAAUUUAGCCAAUUUGUAUAAAAUUAUAACUCUAUUUUUUGCGUUUUAAUAUAUAUAUCUUAUCAGAGCCUAAUAGUUAAUGUUUUACAAUUUUGUGGAUCAGUUGAUCACAAGUUUUUCCUUCUCAUUUCAAUUUUGUAAUAGUAUUAGAGUCAAAUACUAAAUUCAGUACUUUAGGGAAACAGAAUGUUGUGUUUCAUUUUUAAGAAUAUAAAGCAUAAUGCCCUAUUCAGAAUAUUGACAGUUCAAGAUGUAUUAAUCUCAUCCAGGUUUUCACGUAGUUAUGCUAAAGAAAUUCAUUGCAUCAGAACAUACAAACUGACAAUUUCUAAGAGAUUAAUAGAGGAAGCAAAAAAUGCCUUUAAGAAAUAUCAAAACUCAUUUUCUAGGAAGGCAGUUAAAAACUUAAAAUUAUAUGGAAGUACUUUUAGUUUGUGUCUGUUUUUUCCUCUGAAGUCAUUAGUUGUAUUAUGUGAAAGUCAAUCAUCUCAUUCAAGAUUAGUUGGAGUUAAUAGCAUUGAAAAGUUACAUCAAGAAGCCAAGUUUGACUGGAAGAGAUUUUAUAAAAUCGUAAAAGCUGAAAUUGUAUACAUAUUAUUGGCAGUGGUGAGUGCUCUGAUUGUUGCAUUAUUAAAUAUUAAAAUACCAAUUCUUUUGGGUGAUAUGGUGAAUGUUGUAUCUUCAUUUCUAAGUGAUAAUGGCUAUGAAAAAGAUGCUGCGACAUUUUUUAGUGAACUGAGAGAGCCUGCCAUUCAACUUGUGUAUAUGUAUUUAGCUCAGAGCUUAUUUACAUUUGCUUAUAUUUCAAUACUGUCUGUAUCUGGUGAAAGAGUGGCUCGUAAUAUGAGGAAAGAACUUUUUGCCUCGGUUAUUGAACAAGAUAUUGCUUUUUUUGAUGCCCACAAAACCGGUGAAAUUUCAAGCAGAUUAACCAAUGAUGUACAAGAGUUUAAAAGUUGUUACAAGCUUUGCAUUUCUCAAGGGUUACGAAGCAUUGCCCAGACUGCUGGCUGCAUAGUGUCUUUGUAUUUAAUAUCGCCAAAAAUGACUGGACUUAUGGUUUGUGUCGUUCCUGUCAUUGUCUUGGCAGGUACUUGCAUUGGAAAGACCUUAAGGAAUAUGUCAAAAUAUGCCCAAUCUCAGAUUGCACAGGCAUCUGCUGUUGCUGAUGAGGCUAUUGGCAAUAUAAAAACAGUACGUUCUUUUGCGAUGGAAGAAUCAGAGAAAAAACUGUAUAAUGAUCAGGUUGAAUUAAUUCAGAAAAUAAAUAGUAAACUAGGUAUUGGAAUUGGAAUAUUUCAAGGUCUAGCAAAUUUAGCCCUUAAUGGUAUUGUAUUAGGAGUUUUAUGUGUUGGAGGAUCUUUAAUGUGUACAGCUGAAAUGACACCUGGAAGUAUGAUGGCUUUUCUUGUUGCAACUCAGACAAUACAAAAAUCCCUUGCACAUCUGUCUUUAUUAUUUGGGCAGUUUGUUAGAGGAUUAGCUGCAGGAGCUAGAAUAUUCCAAUACAUGAAUUUGACCCCAGAAAUACCUUUAAAAGGAGGUAAAAUUUUGACUGAUAGUGAUCUUCAUGGUGAAGUAAAGUUUGUCAAUGUCACUUUUUCAUAUCCAUCACGUCCAGAUCAGGUUGUUUUGAAAAAUUUUAAUCUCACAUUGCCCCCUAGAAAAAUGGUUGCCUUAUGUGGGCUCUCAGGUGGAGGCAAAUCUACUGUUGCUACAUUGCUAGAAAGAUUUUAUGAUAUUGAAAAUGGAAGUAUAACUAUUGAUGGCUGUGAUAUUAAAUCAUUAGAUCCAAGUUGGCUUCGUGGAAAUGUAAUUGGUUAUAUUGAUCAGGAGCCUGUACUUUUUGCUACAUCAGUCAUGGAAAAUAUCAGGUACGGUAGACCUGAUGCUUCUGAUGCAGAGGUAAUGGAGGCAGCUAAAUUAGCCAAUGCACAUGAAUUUAUUUGCAAUUUUAAUGAUGGAUAUGACACUGUCCUUGGAGAACGAGGUGCUACUGUAUCUGGAGGUCAGAAGCAAAGAAUAGCUAUUGCAAGAGCUUUGCUUAAGGAUCCGAAAAUUCUUAUUCUGGAUGAAGCAACAAGUGCUCUUGAUGUUGAAUCAGAAAAAGCUGUCCAAGAAGCUUUAGAUUAUGCGAUUAAAGGGAGAACUGUUCUGGUAAUUGCUCAUCGCCUCAGUACAAUUCAGAAUGCUGAUAUGAUUGCUGUUGUGAAAGGAGGAGUAAUUGUUGAGAUAGGAAACCAUUCAACUCUUAGUAAGAAAAAAGGUGUAUACUGGAAUCUCAUUAAACAACAGCAAGCUAAUGAUGAUGAAAAUAUGUCUGAGAGAAAAAGUGGAUAACUGUGAUUGCAGAAUAUUAUUAAAUUAUUUAGUAAAUUA